ACCUGAAUAAAGUUGUAAACAUGGAUAGCGAGGCGGGCCUGGAAUUAGACACACUAAACCCGGUUUUGGAUAAUAAUAACGACGGAGGAGACAGAAAAGACGGGGCGAGCGCAGGAAACUGUUCCAACCACAAAACACGAAGCGCUAGUGAACAGACCCCUUUCAUACAGGUACAGGUACAGGUGCCAGAGAGCAAUGGUGAACACCAUAACAGGAGCCACAGUGACACAUCGGCGAGAAGAAAUAAUACGACAAGGAGGACAUGUGACACCAUCAAAAAUAAGCUGAAUGAACCAGUUGGCAAGCUCAGACUAUGGAUGAUCAUUCUUCUCAUCUUGGCUCUCAUCGCACUUAUCAUCUUAAUCUCUGUUUUGGUCUGCAGAGUUCCAAGAGUGGAUGUGGAUGAGCAGUACAAUGUUGAAGAAUUUGGUGUGCUACGUCUGUUCAGGGGAAAUUUUACACUUAAAAACUUCAACUUAACACCAGACCCUCAUUCAAACUCCUCAGAUCUGCUGAGUCAUCUUCAACAAAAGCUGUCCAACAUCUACAGAUCCUCCUACGCUUUGGAGAGAUAUUUUUCUGCUGUCAAAAUACAACCAGCAAGAACUGACAGUACUACUGUUGAGUAUGAGCUGACAUUUCGGAUGCCUGAAGAGCAUACGCAGCUAGUGCGCUUCACUCUGAGCAGAGAGGUGGUGUACCAUGUGUUUCUACAAAACCUGGUUGACCAGGACACAGAGGACGCAUUUUACAUUACAUCGCUCCACAUGGACUGUAAACCUUUGUAAAGUCAAUAACAAGGAAAAAGCAAAUUACCUGUGAUUGUUACAUACAUAUUGUUUGAUUUCUUCUUCUUUGCAGUUGGGAACUGAAAUAGUGAAAUACAUUUAAAGUGACAAUUCUUCUUAUCAAAUCUGUUUAAGGAGAGCAUUUGACUUCAACAGAUAUGGUCAUGUGAUAGGUGCCUUUUGCUGCAUUGCUUUAUUUGUUCCACAUUAUUUCAUGGACUUUAUGGACCUUGACUACGAUGUCUACUUUUACUGAACGUGUUCAGACAGUCUUUUAAAAGGAUCAAGUUUAUCUUUAACUUUCGCUUCAUCUGCUGUUCCUAGCCUUUACACACUUUGAACCUCAGUGCCAACUUAAGCACAUUAAGGCUUAUCACCCAUGUGAGCUGUUUAUGUACUUUUCAGGUGUACAUAACUCAAGUCAGGUAAUAAUCCUACCUACUUUUGUCAGUAGGGAGAAAAUUGGAUUUUUAAAGGCUGUGUAGGAAAACUCAACUCUAAAUAUUUAAUUGAGAAAGUUGGGAGGUUGGCAGUAUAUUAACCAGGGGACAUUGCCCUUGAAGCCAGUCUUGACUUUCAUUGUUUACAGACAGUAUUGGUAUAUUUUGAGGAAUUUUCUUGGACUUUUUCUAGUCAGUGCAUAUCAACUUUUAAGGACUUGUACCAAAUACAGUAAUAUCUUUUUACCAAGUCACAGGGUGGUGCUGUUGCUUCACAUGGCUUUAUUUCCUUUGUUUAUAUCGUUGGUUUGUCUGCAUCUACAGUACUUGGUCAUUUAAAAUGAACCUCUCUCAAACACAGACCUGUUAAACAGGUUUAAACUUUUACUUUUAUGUCUGUUAUGUCUACCCUGUUCGUCAAAAAGAUGCAGUUUUAAAAGACCUGAUGAUUUAUGCUUCAGAGAUGUCACCAAAUAAGCCUCAACAAAGUAUGUGUUUGGUGGGUUUGGUCUCCUGAUAUAGGACAUACCAGAAAAAUACAGGAAAUGCAUUGGUUACAUAUAGAAACCCUAAACAUUGAACCAAGUAAUUAAUUACCGGUGCACACACCACAUUUCAUAGGAUGUAAGUUUUAUGUUUCUUUCUAUUUAUAUGCUUUAUUGUGGUUUUUAUAAGAUAUAUUUAUUAUUCAAUUUGCUAUCAAGGGUUACAGUGACAGACAUUUAAACAAUUUCAUGAAUUUUAGAGAAAAUUAGCUGCUGAACCUGUAUGCUAAGCUAGCUGACUGUUAAUGUUGGUGCAUAAAACAGUGGUUGACAGAUUCUAGUUUUAAAAUAAUGGCCAAAUAUUAUAUUUUAAAAUGAGACACUUAUUUAAAAUCCACUGUACCUGUGAACAUGUUUAUGAAUAGUUAGGUAACUAACUUGAGCCAAGUACUUGUACUACUUACUGCAUAGGAAGUGAAUGACACCAUUGUUGGGGAACUAAUCUAAUGAAUUGUUUAGUGGAAUUGUAUGUGGUUUGGGAUGUAGUUUAUUAUAAGCAUUUCUGUUUCUAUAUAAGGUUUUAAGUUGUUUGCUUUGUAAUAAAUAAAUUACCAUGUUUCUUA